AUGGCGGAAUCCCCCACUCGAGAGCAAUAUGCACAUACAGAGCUGGAUCAUCUUCAAGGAUGCACAAGAGCAGUAGUGAUGACAAUGGGAGAUUCUGCCAAUCACGACGAAGCAGACUUUACUGUGAGACGUCAGUACGGUUGUCUAGGCUAUGGAGGCAGAAAGUGGAAAAAACCGACCAACCCAGUUGCCAGGGCAGGUAUCUUUUCCGACACUUGCAUGAGCCUGGCCAGGAUGAGAUGCACGAGCGCGAAGACGGGCAUGUUUUGCUGA